GCCACGCUUCACAAAUUCAUUGAGGAACUGAAGAAAUAUGGGGUGACAACGGUCGUUCGCGUGUGUGAGGCCACGUAUGAUGCAAACCUGGUUGUUAAAGAGGGUAUUCAGGUUCUGGAUUGGCCCUUUGACGACGGAGCUCCCCCUCCUAACCAGAUCGUUGAUGAUUGGCUAAAUCUUCUUCGGAUUAAGUUUAGGGAGGAGCCAGGCUGCUGUAUUGCAGUGCAUUGUGUUGCAGGCCUUGGAAGAGCCCCAGUACUGGUUGCUCUGGCCCUGAUUGAGUGUGGGAUGAAAUACGAGGAUGCUGUUCAGUUCAUCCGACAAAAGCGCCGAGGAGCAUUUAACAGCAAGCAGCUCUUCUAUCUGGAAAAAUAUCGUCCCAAAAUGCGUCUUCGAUUCAAGGAUUCCAACGGCCACCGCAACAACUGCUGCAUUCAGUAAAA